AUGACGAUAACAUUUGUACCUGGAGAGGUGAAUAAGACACCGUAUUCCGUUGGCCAGGGAAAUUGGAAGAAUCAUCAUAUAUUGGUUUAUGGGUCAGGUAACAAUUUAAUCAUCACGGGUGCAACUGUGUUGGAAUCCAAUAAGAAUCCUAAUCCUGACAAUAUAGACAAGAAUCUACAAACGAUAUAUUUAGAUAGAGAUCCAUAUGCCAUUGAUGUAAAUGACCUGAAUGGAUUUAUUAUGAUCUCGAUUGAAUCUCGAAUAGUUAUAUUCAAACCAGUGAAUGAAUAUAUGAAAAUACCUAAGUGGCAACAAGCUAUGGAAUUCGAAGUUGAAGAUAAACAACUGGUUAAUUGUAUUAAAUGGGCCAUUUGUGAGAAUGAAUUUGUGGUGGCUACUGACAAGACAUUAUAUUUGUAUCAUUUGUAUGAUGAAUAUGGGGAAUUGAAAAUUAAUAAAAGAUGGGAAUCUGCCGAAGCCAAUCCUGUCACUUCGAUUGAUAUAACUUCGAAUGGUAGCAAGAUUUUUACAACCAGUGGUGCAUAUGAUCGUAUUAUUAAAGUAUGGACAAGAAUUAACUACGGUAAUGAAAAUACGCUUUUUGAAGUUGCUUAUCUUCAACACCCCAACCAUUCAUAUGUGACGAAAUUUCAUUGGAGGAUCAGGUCAGCUGAUCAAUGUUCUCCCGGCAACAGUAAACAUAAAAGGCGAAUAACGGAUGCUGCGAUGGCUAAUAUCAAGAAUAUUCGUGGAUAUUUAAAUCUUGAGAAUGAAGACGAUAGUAGUGAUAUCAUUUAUUCAUUUACAAAUGACUUUAAAUUCCACGUCUGGGCUUCUUAUGAAGUGAAUGGGCAUAAUCAUAUACGAAAUUGGAUGACUUUGGAUUUAAGUGAAUGUUUCCCCAAUAUUUAUACUAUUGUAAUUAUUGAAAAUUAUUUCCUAAAGUCAAGCUUGAUGCAACAGUUGAAAAAAUUACAUAAUUCUGGUGUUUUUGAAGGAUUAAAUCUAGAUGAUUUGGAUUUAUUGCUCGUAAUUUCAGAGACUGGGGAUAUUAAAUGUUUUGCAAUAACAAACAUUUCUCAAUAUCCACCAAGUAAUAUUCAAUUUAAGCCACUUAAUCAUCAUGUUUCAUAUAAAUUCAGUGAGAAUUCUUUCCCAUUUGGACUGUUUGAUAUUCAUAAAUCAAAAUAUCAAGCUGAAGUCAUUACAAAAGAGUUAAUCCAGUCGCAAGAGUAUAUCACUGAUGUAUUGCACCCUGUAUUAAUGAAAGAUGUUACAGUUUUAAAUAAUGAUCCUAGGAUCCACGCACUUUCAAUUAUAAUUCAUGAUCGAAUAAAAAAUACAAUCCGAUUUAACACUAUUGAUUUUAGAAAAUUAUUAGAUCCUACCAAGGAUUCUGGUAUAAUUUUAUUAAGUAAAUUCCAAGGACAUACUAAAUCAAUUAGAAAAGUGGUCAAGUCAAAUUCAUCUUUCACAAACAAUAAUAUACUUUUAUCUAUCCUGAAUUUUCCAGAACAUAAUUAUAUUUGGGAAGCAAUGCUAUUGACAGAGAAUAAGUAUCAUUUAAUGUCAGUCACAAAGAGAUUCCAGUUAAAUGUAGAUCAUUUAAAUUGUGGAGAUAUCACCCCUAGCAAGAAAGGAAUAUCCAGUGCUGCCAUUAUAAAUGACGUUGAACCUCCAAUAGGCAACAAAAGAAGGCAUAUUGUGGUAUCAAUUGAACGAGAUGGACACCUUAGUGUUUGGGAUUGUAAUGGGUCUACCAAUGAUGAUCAGCCGGCUGAUUUGGUCCUUAGACAAGAUAUUGAUUUAGCUGACAAGUUUCUGGAACCACGAGCAUUCAUAUUAACCGAAUUCCCAGAUAAUUCUACCCUGUUGAAACAAUAUUGUAUCUUCGCUGUAUUUGAGAAUGAUAUUGUCAAAGCAUGGAGACUUUCUUUGAGUUAUAGCAAGUCGAAUUUCAUAACAAAAAUUGGAUUCAAUUCACAAAAUAUUGCUGGUCUCCCUCAGGAUGAAAAGAUAUUCCAGAUUGGGACAGUGGAUGCAUUUAUACAAGAUUCGACCAAAAGCUUAGUCACAGUCAUUGAUGAAAAUGGCCUAUUGAGAUGUUAUACACUUGAUUAUUCAAAUACCGAAACCUUACAAUGGAAACUUACCCACUCAUUGGUCACCAACAUUAAGCGAGCAAGCAAGAUUCAUGGAUCAACCAUUAUAAAUAAAUUUGCCGUUGUUGACGAAACUGGCUCAGUCUUGACAGUAUGGGAUGUAAAUCAAGGUGUAUUGGAAUAUGAAGAAACUUUCCCAGAAGAGAAUGGACCAGUGAAAGAUUUAGAUUGGACAUUCAUCAGUGCAUCCACAGAAAAACUGACCUCAAAUGCAAUCUUAUCGAUUGGAUUCAGUCGAUUCGUAUUGUUGUAUACUCAAUUACGUUAUGAUUAUACUAACAAAAUACCUACGUUUGCUUGCUUGAAAAAAAUUGAUAUUUCCGAUUACACAUCUCAUGAAAUUGGUGAUCUGAUUUGGUUAGAUGGAGGAUAUUUGAUCAUUGGGAGUGGAAAUCAAUUUUUCAUUGAUGAUAGAUGGGUGAAAUUGGGUUCUAGAACAAUUGAUUCUAUGAUUCGACAAUUGAUGACUGGAUAUAGUACAGAAGGAAGAUCCUGGAAGCAACCUAGUAUGUUUGGCGUUGAUGAUGAGAGCGACAGUGAUGAAGUUGUUGAUAGCGAGGUAGAAGAGGAAGAUGAUGGAGGCGGGUAUAAGACUGUGACUAAACCUAUGGAAGAAAUGGUUUAUGAUAUUUCGCAGUUAGUUCGAGUGUUGAAUGGACCAUUACCUAUAUAUCACCCACAAUUUCUCAUUCAGGGUUUGUUUAUGAGUCAAGUUAACUCGGUGAAAAAGAUUUUGGUUAAGUUGUUUCAUGAUCUACGUAAUGGUGAAGCAAUUACAUGGGACUUGAAUAUGAAUAUCGAAGAGGAGAUCCAUAGUACUCUGGGGAUUUCCAUCAAGGAAGAUGCUCCGAAAGCCAAAGGGGCGUUGCAAAGAAGAAUGUCACAGCUUUUCAGUAUUGACGUAUUCUCCAAAUUUAACGAUGAAAUGGCGGAUCUAUUGACUGAAAACUUGAUGAAGAUUUCGUUGCCAUUAUUAACCAGGCAUCAACAAAGUACGCUUAUAUCGGUCGUUGCAAUUGUUAAAGAAUUGACCAAGCAUUUGCCAAGCCUUGAUGAUAAUGGUAUUCGUUUCAUGAUCGGAUUUAAAUUAUUUCAAUUAUCAACCAAACAAACUAAGCUAUCUAUGCGUGAUAUUAAUUGGGCAUUACAUUCAGAUAAUAAAGAAAUGUUACUUGCUGCAGUAGAAGAUCACUAUAAGCAUAGGAUGACUUGGGAAUCAAUUAGACAAACUGGAUUGGCAUACUGGAUCAAAACAGAUAGAUUAAUUAAGAUUAUUGAAAAUGCGGCCAGAAAUGAAUUUAGUGAGAAUCGUGAUCCAUCUGGCAGGGUUUCAUUGUUUUAUUUAGCGCUUCACAAAAAGCAAAUUUUGAUUGGAUUAUGGAGAACGGUUAGUCAUCAAGAGCAACAGAAGAUGUUGAAGUUUUUGAGUAAUGAUUUCACUCAAACUAGGUGGAAAUCCGCCGCGUUGAAGAAUGCUUUUGUAUUGUUAGGAAAGCAUAGAUUCAUGGAUGCUGCAUAUUUCUUCUUGCUUGGAGAUGCUCCUGCUGAUUGUUGUAGUACAUUAGCCAGUAGAGUUGGUGAUGUUGCAUUGGCAAUUGCCAUUGCUAAAGUCUAUAGUGGAACUGCAAAGCCACAUGAUGAAAAUGAUAAACAAAGUUUGAUUACUGUGAUUGAGAAUUAUAUUUUACCUAAAGCUGUUUUGAAUGGUGAUCGUUGGACUACAAGUUGGAUGUUUUGGCAAAUGGGAAGUAAAGAAUUAUCUAUUCAAGCAUUAAUUAGAUCACCUCUUGAUAUUGUCAUGCAGAAUCGAGAUCAAUUUUCGGAAAGAAGUGUACAGCAUUUAAAUGUUUCCACAAAGGGUCAAAGUUUCUUGCGAGAUGAUCCUGUACUUAUUUUAUUGUUCAAUGAUUUGAGACAGAGAAAGAUCAAUUAUUUCAAGGGUUCAUUGGAUAUAUCCAAAUAUGAAGAGUUCCAGUUUAUUGUUAAAGUUUGUUUAAUAUAUACUCGAAUGGGGUGUGAUUAUCUUGCAUUACUUUUGUUAAGAACUUGGUCAUUUUCAGAAACAGAAAUUGCCGAAAGUAUUGAUUGGGGAUCACCAAUCAGUCCAACAGGGAAGGAAAAGAUGGAUGAAUAUUUCACUGGAACAAGCAAUGGAGGUGUUCCUAAUUUGCUCAAUUCCUUUUCAUUUGAUCAACCACUGAAAAAGAAGAAACAACUUCCACAGAUUGCCGCUAAAAUGAAGCAGCAAGCGAGUAUGAAGAACAAGACUCCGCCACCCGCACAAGCUUUUGAAGAGCCGGACAUGAGUGCAUUUAGUUUUGGAUUUUGA